AUGGCUACCAGGCAGAGGCCCGACGAGUCCCUGAGAAAUUUCAUGACCCGUUUCAACGUGGAGAGUUUACAGGUCAGGGACAAAGAUGAAAAGGUGGUCAUGGCCGCCUUCAUGAAUGGACUCAGGGUAGAGGAGCUCUUCUACAAGCUGGUCGAGAAGCCUCCUAGAAAUCUGGAGGAGCUCCUGACCAGGGCACACGAGGCCGCUAAUGCGGAGGAGGCAGGCCGUCUGAAGAAAGAGUCAGAUCGGGAGCUUGGAGAUCGGAGGGGACGGGGAAACCCUCCCGAGAGCAAGGAUGGCUCGGCCAAGAAAAACGUUUUUGACCGGCUCUCGAGGGAGAAAGCCCCUGCUCCGCCACCACUUCCGGAGAAGGGCUAUACCCCCUUGACUCGGCCUAGGGCCCAUAUCCUGGCUGUUAUGGAGGCGGAAGGCCUGGGAGGUCGGCCGCCCAAGAUGGGGACACCUCGGAACAAGAGGAACCAGGACCGGUACUGCGCCUUCCACCGCGACGUCGGACACGACACGGAGAGGUGCUGGGCCCUGCAGAAGAAGAUCGAAGAUCUGAUCCAGCAAGGGGUCCUGGGGCGAUUCGUGCGGCAAGGUUGCCCCGGCCAAGAGCCCGGGCAUACCUACCGCGGAGAUUAG